GUAAGUGUCGCUCUCUUCGUGAGGAUGAUGAUGAUGAGUCCACGGGCAGGCAGGCAGAGCGCGCUCAGUGCACACGGGAACCUGCUGAAGGCCGUCGGACUCGUGCGUUGUAAAUUAUGUACAUAAGUUACCGAUAAUAUUCGGGUUCACAUGAAUGGCCGGUCGCACAGCUCGGAGCCGUUUAACCGAGUAACGAGUGGGACAAUCUGAAGACCAACCGCCAGAACUGGACCACGUACACCAAGUCCUCUGAGCCUCACACACAGACCGAGCCUCGACGACUCCAGGGGGGGGGGAUUUCAGCAGAUCACACCACGGCCAGCGCAUAACAUGUAAAGAGAAGAACAAAGCGGAUCUUUUUUUGUAAAGCUUUCUUUUGUACAUUUAUUUUUUCAGUGGGAAUGAGAUAAUUUUGUAGGCAGACAGCCCAGUGUAACUCGCGUUUAAUACCGUUCGUUAAAAGCUAAAGGAAUAAUAUAAAAUCCAGUUAUCAGUGAGUUAGCUAGCUAACUGGGCUGAGCAGAUCCUCUUUUUUUAAUGCAUACAUACCUGGACUGAAAAGCUUCGAUGUAACAUGGGGCUCACUUGAAGAUCCUCACACGGUCCUUUGAAAGAACAACGCUGCAGCUUUCCCAACAGGCUUGAAAAGAACUCCCGCUUUAUUGUGUUUGUAAGAGCUGAAGAUGUGUGGUUAACUUUGAUUAGUUCCUCACAUUAGUGGGAUCUAAAGAAAACGUAGGAGAUGGUGAGGAGGAAAGUGAAGAAGGAAACGGUUUUCUAAGAGCUGUGAUCUCACCCUCCAGACACAGACUGGAGGGAAGUGGGAGAGGGUCAUCAGUUCUAAAGACGGCCUUCAGUCACCUGCAGCUCUGGAAGAAACACCUAACAGACUAGCAGGGGUGAGUGGGUGACCACAGAAAGAGAGAGAGACGGGGACUGACGGAGGAGAAAAGGUUAGGAGGGGGAGGAGGAGGUCUAGGAGGAAGAGUGGGAGAGGCCGUUCUCCAUGGCUACCGACCCAGGAGAGCCUACAGGCACCGAGGAGUCUUCGGAGAAACCUGAUGGACAGAAGGAAGAGGACACAGAGCGAGAGGGCAGGGCUGAUCCACAGAGGGAGAGGACACACAGCACCCCUUCGGACUUCCCCUCCUCCCAGACUCAGGAGAGGAAAUUGGGAGAGGAUGGAGGAAUCAGAGGAGGAGGAGGAGGAGGAGGGGAAGCCAGCCAGUCAAGUGAAGACAACCCAAGCAGGCGGAUUUCAUUCUCCACGCCUUCCUUAACAGUGGACACUGGCCAGAAACGACUGAGGAGGGAGAAGCGCUUCUUCAGGAAGAGUGUGGAGAUUUGUGAGCAGGACGAUGAGGUGGAGGUGCCCCCAGAGGCACCCCACAGUGCUCCCCCUCUAGAGCUGGGCUCCACAGACUCAGUCUUCACCAGCAGUGCCCAGCAGCAAGGAGAUGCUUCAUCUUGCGCUGCUAUGGGCCAUGACCCUUCAGGCCCCAGCUCCAGCCAGGAGCCCGGCAAGGAUGCUUCCUCCUUGGCUUCCGCCCAGAGAGGGAAGGAGAGGGACCGUGAGCAGGAGGAGGAGGCAGAGAUGAAGGCGGUGGCCACCUCACCUGGAGGCAGGUUCCUUAAAUUUGACAUUGAACUGGGCAGAGGAGCCUUUAAGACUGUGUAUAAAGGCCUUGACACAGAGACCUGGGUGGAGGUGGCUUGGUGUGAACUUCAGGACCGCAAACUGACCAAGGCGGAGCAGCAGCGCUUCAAGGAGGAGGCCGAGAUGCUGAAGGGGCUUCAGCACCCUAACAUCGUCCGUUUCUAUGAUUCCUGGGAGUCUGUGCUCCGGGGCAAGAAAUGCAUCGUACUGGUCACUGAACUCAUGACUUCAGGAACACUCAAAACAUAUUUGAAGCGCUUCAAGGUGAUGAAACCCAAAGUCUUGAGGAGCUGGUGUCGUCAAAUUCUGAAGGGCCUUCACUUCCUUCACACCAGGACUCCUCCGAUCGUCCACCGGGACCUCAAAUGUGACAACAUCUUCAUAACAGGUCCCACAGGCUCAGUCAAGAUAGGUGACCUGGGGCUGGCCACUCUUAUGCGGACCUCCUUUGCCAAGAGUGUCAUCGGUACACCCGAGUUCAUGGCUCCAGAAAUGUAUGAGGAGCACUAUGAUGAGUCUGUGGAUGUUUAUGCUUUCGGGAUGUGCAUGCUGGAGAUGGCAACAUCAGAAUACCCGUACUCUGAGUGUCAAAACGCUGCUCAGAUCUAUCGCAAAGUCACAAGCGGGAUAAAGCCAGCCAGCUUUGAUAAAGUAAAUGACCCAGAGAUCAAAGAGAUCAUCGAAGGCUGCAUUCGUCAGAACAAGAGCCAGAGACCUUCCAUCCGAGAUCUCUUGAAUCACGCAUUCUUCGGGGAGGACACAGGGGUCCGGGUAGAGCUGGCAGAAGAGGAUACCGGCACCCAGGACUGCCUAGCUCUCCGGAUUUGGGUUGAAGAGCCCAAGAAGCUGAAAGGGAAGCACAAAGACAACGAGGCUAUCGAGUUCAGCUAUGACCUGGAGAAUGACAGCGCUGAGGAGGUGGCUCUAGAGAUGGUAAAGUCAGGAUUCUUUCACGAGAGCGAUGCCAAGGUGGUGGGAAAAUCCAUCCGGGACAGAGUUAAUCUGAUCAAAAAGUCACGGGAGCGUCGGCAGCAGCAGCUCCUUCAACAGCAGCAGGGCUAUGAAGAAAGAAGAGACUCCACUCUCCCCUCCUACACCUUUCCUCAUCCCUCUUGCCCAUCCUCACUGGGGCCAAUGGUAGCUGGACAAACAGGAGGUGGUGGGGGAGGAGGAGGAGGAGGAGGGCAGGAGGCUGAGGAGCUGCCUGAAGUGGACCAGCAUGUCAGGCAGCAACACAUUUUCAGUGGGGCAACCCUCGGUCUGCCAGCUGGUGAGAGCAUUGGAUCUGCCAGCUGUGAAUCUUAUGCAAGUGGACAGAGCCAGGCAUUCUCUCAGCAAGGGGAAGCAUACGCCCACUCCCAGGCAACUCUCCCCCCUACAGCAUCUAGUGCUGGUGCAUUAGCUCAUCCUCAAAUGCACCCAAUCAUUGAAGGCGGAAGUGUCCCUAAUGUGCCAAUGGGCCAGAGCGUUAGUAUGUCCAGCAUGUCCAUAGGCCACAGUGGGGGAGGACCUGUUGGUCAAACAUUUCUCCAGCCUGUUACCAUGGUUCCACAGGUAUCACCAAGUGUCCCGCAACAAUACUAUCAGUCACAAACAUUCCCACCAGAAGCAUUUCAAACAGCCACUCCCCACGGCUCACUGGCCCCCUCACAGACAUACAUACCCCCUGUUUCCCCACAAGCUCCAUUUAAUGUUCUCACUACGUCCAUGUCAGUCGGUGAUCCUGCUGGACUAGUGGGGACCAUUGUGCCCCUCGCUCAGCAGACCCAACCCCCUGCCACUCCCAUGCAGCCCACUGACAUCAUACCCCCGGCAGCACCCCAGCAAACACAGUCUGUUGUGAUCCCUCAGCAGGCUAUUGUACCACAACAACAGAUAGGGAUGGAUGCCCAUACCUCCACCCUUCAUCAACAACCACAACAGCGAAUUGACGCCAAGGCCACACUGCUUGAUCAUCAACAAGUUAUCGCAACACAGCCGGCAACGGAGCAACAUCCACACAACGUUUCGGCAACAGCUGUCCAGAAACAUCAGCAAGAGCCUCAGCAGCAGACCUAUGCACAGCAGCCGUUUCCUCAGCAGCAAGCUUUACCUACACAAACAGGUAUAGAGCUGCACGCUUUGUCGUUACCACAAGCAGGGGAGCUACCUCAGGUGUACAAACAGCACCCAACAGGGGAUCCUUGUGAGCAGACGAUAACACAACCUCAACAAUUGCAACAACAGCUCCAGCAUCACCAAACUGUGCUACAACAACAUCAAGCUUUAGCACCAGAGCAACAUCAGGGGUAUGUUCAGCAACAGCUUGAUCAGCAGCAACAAAAGGCCUUGCUUCAGCAACAACAGCACCCCCCAUUGCAACAGCAUCAACUGGAACAGCAGCAGGCACUUCUACAAAAGCAGUUAUUGGAGCAACAACAGCAGCAAGUUCUUCUUCAACAACAAGAGCAACAGCAGCAACAACAAUGUCUCGUACAACAACAGCAAGCACAACAACCUCUGAUACAACAUCAGUUAGAGCAUCAACAUCCUUUACAGCAGCACAGCCAGAUAUUGCAACAGACUGGAAUACAAAAUGAAACAGAGAAUAAACAGCUGGGUAGACAACAGCAAACUGUACUACAGCAGCAACCCCAGCUCACUCUACAGCAACAAGAACAACUGAAACAGCAAGCCUUACUCCAUCAUCUUGAACAGCAACAGCAACAAGCUCUAUUACAUCAGCAUUUGCAACAGCAGGCUAUCUUACAACAGCAGCAGCAGCAACAGAAAGCUCAGCUACAGCAGCAGCAACAAGAGCAGCAGCAAGUGCAACUCAAGCAGCAGAUAGAGCAGCAGCAGCAAGCUCUUCUGCUGCAACAGCUAGAGCAACAGCGUCAACAACACGCACUGUUACAACAACAGCAAGCUGAGAGAAUGCACCAGCAGGCUCUGAUACAACAACAGUUUCAAGAUCAGCAGCAACAAGCAGCUGUGGUUCAACUUCAGGACACUGUGCCCACUCAAAUAACCAACAACGAGAAGCAGAUGCAGGAGCAACCAGCUGAGAAACAGCGCAUGUGUGUCCAACAAGUUAAUGCUACUCAGUUUACACCUCAAACCAUUCUCACUCAGCAACAAGUGAUGGAGCAACAACACCAAGCACCCAUCCAGCAGCAGCAGCAUCACACCUCUGUGAUGGAACCUCAUAUCCUAGUGGCACCUCCAGGUACUGAGGUGCUCCAGCACCAAGCUCAAAUUGUCUCACAGGCCCAGGUUCCCAUUGCUAUUCCGACUACUCAGAUCCCUGUCCAGACAUGUGCUGUCAUACAAUCUCAAGUCUUUACCCAGCAAAGUGAGGCUCAUGCACAGGACCAGGGAAAAGUUCCGGUCCAAUUUGUAACCCAGAGCACAGUUCAAACAGCUCAGUUGCGGCCUGAGGCCCAAGUGACUCCUCCAGCGACAGUGAUCCAGGGACAGGCUCCUGCCAUCCAGACCCAGCAUGUCCCUUUACUGGCUAGUUAUCAAGGACCUGCUACUCCCUCGCAGAGCCAAGUAACUGCUCAGCCAUCAAUCCAGACGCUUCACCAGAUAAUUGGACAGGUCCAAGUACCACAUGUGCAAGGUCAGACAGUGGACAUUCAGUUGAUAGGCCAACAAAGCCAAGCUGCUGUCCAGCCUCCAGCUGCAACAACCUCAAUUCCAAGCCAGACCCAAAAUGAGACUCAUGUUCAGCAGAAUGCUCAAAUGCAAGUGCCAAUGCAGACCCAGCUCCAGCAACAAGCUCAAGCCCAGCCAUCCAUCCAGGUGCAUAGCAGUUUAGCUCCUCAGUACAUCCCUCAGCCUACCCAACAAGCCAUACCAACUGUGCAACAGAAUACAACACAUAUUCCACAGCUGCAGCAGCAACAAGAGCCAGGGCUGCAAUACCAGAAGAUGAUUGUGUCUCCUAGUCCAGCUGGAAGUGUUGGAACUACGACAGAUGGUAUCAGUUCUGGAGUUAACCCCCCAAACUUUAUUGCCACUCCGCACCCUGUGCUGAAGGCUGGACAAGCCUUUAUUCCAGCUCACACAACACCACAUUCAGUCAUUCAGGCCCAGCAGCAGCCCCUUGGAUCCACUGCAGACUCUUCAGUCAUUCAACCCAUCUCUCAACCUACUCACCCUCAGUGUUCUGGGCAGUACCAGCAGCCACUUCAGAAGCUCUCUCAGGCACAGAAACCACUCGCUUCGCCUCCUCUGCAGGCUCAGUUAUUGUCACAGCCCAUUCAAGCUCCAAUCCAAGUACCACCUCCUCUAAAUCAGGCUGCGGUACCCCUUGAUGAAAGUCAGAUGCCCCCACAGUGUUCACCUGCCUCACAUCUGCUGAAUCAUCCUGCUGCACAAGUAGCCCCUGCUAAUUUGGCCGGCCCUCAGUCACAGGACAGGACUCUCUCCCUCCAUGGUCAUCUUGCUGUGGGUGCCCCUCCAUCUCCACGUCACCAGGCCAAGCAGAUGAUCCCAGCUCACACGCACACACAAACAAGCAUUCAGGCCCAAACACACUCCCAAACACAGACACACUUUCAGACACAGGCCCAUUCUCACACUCAGACGCUCACUGAAACACCCAUUGCUGAUCAGCCUGUUCCACCUCUUGCUGUCUUUGCUACGCAGCAAAUACCUCUCAGCCCUUCUCAUAACUCAUGUCCCUCAACAUCCAUACCAUCCCUACCAUCCCACUAUUCUGCUGCUAUCCCUGCGCCAGAGCUGCCUACAUCUCCUCCAGUGGCUAAGGCAGCCUUGCCUGGGCAGGCCGACUUUAUACCCACCUCCCCUCCACCUGCUGCUACUCUACAAACGCUUGACUCUAAUGCCCCAAAACUUCCCCACGGCUUGCUGCAAGACUGUGACCUAUCCCUGCUGGGCAUUGCUCAGGAUGGUCCAUACUCAAGUGUAGAACAUCAUUCUUCUUCAGGGUCUGUUCCUGCUAAUGGCGAAGAAUCUCUUCAGAUCUUGGCCAAUGGGAAGAUAGAGAAACUAAAGACUCAAAGAAGAGCUUCCUGUCAGAGGCCUGAUAAGAUUUCACAUCAGUUUCAGCUGAGCAUGCUCCAGGUGUCUGGUAGUGGAGACAACAUGGUGGAAUGCCAGUUGGAGACCCAUAGCAACAAGAUGGUGACAUUCAAAUUUGACAUUGAGGGGGAUGCACCUGAGGACAUAGCGGAUUACAUGGUGGAGGAGGACUUUGUUCUUGAUGUACAGAAAGAGAAGUUUGUGGAAGAGCUCCGACGCAUUGUUAAGAAAGCUCACGAAAUCCUCCAAACACACUCCCAGACUGGAUCAACUGAUCAGCUGCAUGUGAGCACUCCAACUAGCUCAACAAUGGAGUCAGUGCCCCAUUCCUCCCCAGUGGGACGCUGGCGCUUUUUCAUCAACCAGACCAUCCGCCACAGAGACUCUCUAUCUGGCCAGGGAGUAGCAACGACACCCCCCACUUCAGAGAUGAGGACACCUGAGUCCCCACUAAGAGAGAGAGAGAGUGAUGGAUCCCAGAGUCUGGAGUCCUUGACUGGAAUGGCCUCUCCACCUUGCCCCACCCUAUCUGUCUCCUCCCCUCUGGUCUCUGCUGUCUCAGCUCCUGCGUCUAUGGCCCCCUGUGCCACCACUAGCCCUGCUCUUAACACCAUUUCCUCUGAAAGCAUCUCUGCACCAGCCUCCUCGCUUCAAGCCUCUAUUCCUGUCACUGCUUCAGGUGGUCUUGAAAUGCCAGUCUUUACCUCAGCUUCUGCUGACCAAGCUCUGAGUGCCCCCUCAUCCAUCGCAAUAUGUGCUGCAGUUAACCUCCCCACCUUGUCCACUGUACAUACAGUUGUAUCCCCCACAACCAACACUAUUCUGCAAGAUACUUUCACUUCUCCGGGAACUAGCAACUGCUCCAUUGUUGGUCAAUGUAUGGGAGAUACGGUGAUAACUGCUGCAAGGUCUUGUAUGCCCACAGUGGACCAGUCUUCAUUCUCUAUUCAUUCCCCUCCUCCUGCUGCUCCAGUAACCUCCUCUGUGGUUAGCCAGCUUUGCUCAAAACAACAGCAGACACCCACCCAGGUGGCCAAAGCACCACAACAACUGCUGCUGCAGCCUGCAUUGCAGCAGCAGGCAGCAGUAGUUCAUCAGCAACUACUGACGAUGCAACAGGUACAGAAGAUACAAACCGCAGCACCUCUGCAACAACAGCAAGUGUCCCAAGAACAACUUCAGAUGCAACAGGAACAAGCCCUGCAGCAGUCGAUUCAGCAGUUACAGCCCCAGCAACGCAUGCAGACACAAGUACCACUUCAACAACAGCUGACUGAGGUGCCCCAGCCAGGUCCUACAGAGUUCUUACAACAGACCAUGCCUCUUCAGCAGUUUCUGCCACCAGUGCCCCUACAGCAGGCCCAACAGCCACUUCCUCAACAGCAAACACUGCAGUAUCAGCAACAGCAUCAUCUUCAGCAGGUACCACAGCAGGUUAUGGCACCCCAAGCUGCUGUAGUGCCCCAACAGCAGACCCAAAUUGACCCCCAGCAGCAGCAGUUAAACUUGCAACAGACAAUACACUUACAGCCCCAGCAAAUGGUGCAACAACACCUACAGCAGCAACAGCAGCAACAGCAGCAACAGCAGCAACAGCAGCAACAGCAGCUUUAUAUGGGUGCUGCUGUGGCUUUAAAGUCAGAUCAAAGCCAAAUGCUGCCGGUGUCAAUCAGUCAACAGUUUCUUCAACAACAGGCCCCGCUUAAUGUUAGCCCUGUACCACAACAGCAGAUUCCACAACAACCUCAAAUCCCUGCUGAGCUGACAAAACAAGAGGUGGUUAAAACCACAGACAAACCCCAGAAACCGCAGCAACAGUUUGUACUGCAGAAGCAGUCCUCUUUACAGAUGUCAGAGUCAGAGGUUUCCACUGGAGAGACGAGUUUCACUGAGGACACGUGCAGCUACUCUGCUGCUUUUCAACCUUCCUCUGACUCUCUGCCCCCUCUCCAUUUAGGCUCUACAGACGCCCCGUUACCCUCUAUCUCCCACACAAUGACACCCUCCCCUGCUCAGCCUUCCUCUGUGGCUGAGUCAGACAGUGAAGGCCCCCCAAAAAUUGAUUUUGUAGACAACCGGAUAAAGACUCUGGAUGAAAAGCUGAGGAACUUGUUGUAUCAAGAGUACAGCUGCGGGGGAGCAGUGGCAGGGGGAGCUGCCUCAGGCCCUACAUCAGCUGCCUCCACAUCAGCAGGAGGAGACGAGUCCUCUGAGCCACAGUCCAUCCACCGUGUCUCUUUCCCCCAACCUGCCUCUUCCUCAGAUACCUCCCCUCACUCCUCAUCCUCCUCUACUUCCUCUACCUCUUCCCGUUCCUCUUCCACUUCCCCUGACCCAGAGAAGGAUGGGAGAAGAGAAGAGGCAUCCAUUGAAGUGGCCAAAUUUGUGGAGCCGGGUCCAGUGGAGCAUCAGCCUGGCCCAUCUAUCCCUUCGGCCUCUGCCUCAUCCACCCCUCCUACCUCUCUUCUGCGUCCCAAUCAGGAAGACUCUGCUAGGCCCCAACGGCCACCUGUACCAGGAGAACCAACCAUUCUUGCUGUACCCCCACACUCUGAAACGAGUACCACUGGAGACGCAUCGUGGCCUCACAAUCAGCACCCGAUCCCCUUCCGGCAUGGACAGCAGAAGCACAAUGCAGGAGGUGGAUAUUUUGGCCUAAACCUGACAUGUCCUAGUAUCAGAAAUCCUGUUAGCAAGAAAUCCUGGACUCGCAAAUUCAAAAACUGGGCAUGCAAACUGCGCCACUCCGCCAGCUUGUUCAAGAAGCCCAGAGUCCAAGAAGAUGGACCCUCCAGCAGUCAAACACUCAGAGAUGAGAAGGAGACUCAGCCCUUAAAUCCACCUCAGACACACAGAGGACGUUUUCAGGUGACUCCAGUGACCCAGUCAUCUCCUCUGACGGAUGCUCUUCCCGGCCAUGGUAGCACCCACAGGAAAGUGGGACGCUUCUCUGUAAGCCAGGCUGAGGCUAGAAAAGAGGACAGGCACACCGACAGCUCCCCGAUGUCUCCUGACGUUGAGAGAGAGAGGAGGAGGUCUAGGGUGAAGGAAGGAGAGAGAGAUGAAAGCAAAAGGACCCCAGCGAUGGCUCACCCACCCCGGGGUCAUGGGCACGGCCACUCACCCCUUCGCAGCAGUGAUGAUGAUGAUGAGAGUGAGCUGGAAGAUGAAGACCUGAGAAAAGAACUACACAAGCUCAGAGAGAAGCACAUCAAAGAGGUGGUUUUCCUCCAAGCUCAGCAGAACAGAGAACUGCAGGAACUGUACAGACAGCUUCGUUCCCUCAAAGACCAAAGGCAGAGUCUGCCUGCCUCGCUGUCCCGAACCCCUCCCCUUCCCACGGCUCCUCCUCUCCUCUCUCCACGUAGGCCUAGGCCAGCCAAAACCAAGCUGCGGCCCCGGCCUCACUCUCACAUGGACAACAACGGAGUUUCACACUCUGGGAUUCAGCAGUCAAGUAGUUACUCAGGUGGUGAACAGACUAGACUGCCCCUAUACUGCAACCCUGAGCACCACACUUCACUGCCUGCUAAAAGAGAUAAUAGCCCUUUAAGAAAAAGCACAUUCACUGAUGAACUGCACAAACUCGUUGAUAAUUGGACAAAGGAUCCAGUCAGCCCCUCCCCACCCAAGCCUUCACUCAAUCAAAUCAAGCAGAUUCAGCAAGUGCAGGAGCUUGGAGGCUGGAGCCAGUCAACAGAGGUGGCUUCACAAAAUUGGUUUCCUGUGGCACCGCUGAACCCCCAGGUACCACCGACCUCUGCUAGCAUACCUGCGGUAGCCCCCUCUCAUUACACAGGUGGAGGGAACCUGACAAACCUGCACUCUACGGGACCAGCUCCACAAACCCACAUGGCUCAAGUGCCACAGAUGCAGCAAAGUUUACACAUCCAUCAGUCCCUACCCCUCCAGCAGGCAACCUAUCAGCAGUCCCCGAUUCGCCAGCAUAUACCGCAGCCUCCGAUUCAAAGUCCCCUACCAUCGCAGUCACAACCACAGACACAUCCUGUCGCCCAGCUGCCCCUCUCGCCACCUCAAAACCAACCACUGCUGCCUUCCCAAGUUCCCUCAUCUCCGGUGUCCACAGCUGCGCCUCUGCUGCCUGGCAGUGGCACGGCUGCAACCACAGAUAGCACUGCUGCUACUGCUACUGCUACUGUUGCUGCUCCUGCUGCUGCUGCUGCUGCUGCUACUGCUGGGGGAACAUUUAGCUCCUCUCCCUCAUCCUCUUCCACCUCUUCCUCCUCAUGCUCUACUGCUGCUCUACCUUCCAGUGCCAAAAUAAACCCAGCAAACCCCACCUCUACUUUUCCUCUGGGACAGAAAUGAAACCAAGGCGAAGUGUGAGGUCAAAAUGAAGGUGCAAGAGAUGGAAACACAAAGUGGAUCAGGACGUAAAGCAGAUCCAUGUGGAGUGUUAGUUGUGUAUGAAUGACAGAGUUGUGAUUGCAUUGAAUAUAUGAUUUCCAGAACUUCUGGGUGAGAUGGGGAGUGAAUGUGUGAGACGAUAGAUUCUAGUAUGUACAGACAAGAGGGAAACAUGGAACACAGCAGCCUGGGUUUGUGAAACAUGGCAUGUUUGGGUGUUGAGAUGUACAAAUUCUUAAAUGUAUGGGUGUGUGCAUUCAUGAGUGUGGAUGAGUGUUUCUGGAUUAUCUGAGUACAUAUCCCUUUAUGUCCUUUUACACAAAUUAAUGUUCUUUUUCUGUUUUGAAACAAACUCAGUUGGACCUGAUCUAAGCAGAGACAACAAGGACGAAAUAUUUGACAUUUUGUUGACAUUUUUCGUGAGUGCUUAAAGUAAAAGGACUAUCAGUUUUUAAAAGUGCAAUUAGUAGUGAUCAUCUAAAUUGAUCAGCAUGUAUUGUAUGGAACUGUCUGUAAGGCAUAAAAUAUUUUUGUAGAAGCACACUGAUGAAAACCAGAUGCAUAAAGGAUAAUUUCAUGAUCCCAACAGGAUCUUUUAAAACUGCAGGCCUACAGCACAAGGUAUUUCAAUGGAAAAAUAUCAGACUACAGCAUGUCACACUGUAGAGCACGGUUAAGUUAUCUAGCUACAGUCAUUACCACAAUGCGACCAAACGCACUGUUUAAAAGCACGUGCUUCAUUUGUGUUAUUUUAUGUUGAGCAUUGUAACAUAGGAAUUGUCUGAAAAAACCAUAAGUGAUGUGAUAUAAAUUCAGAUGAAUUCGUAACAUGAUGGUAAAUUGAAAAAUGCCAUCUUUGUGAAGUGGGUACACUCAGCCCAUGACUGCAUGACCUUAUAACUAAAUUGACUUGCCUGUUCUUUCGUGGAUCUGACAUUUGUAGCCUAAUGAGAUGAUUCAUCAGUGAUGAGUAAAUAUGCUUUCAGUAUGAUAGGCUUUCAUAUUCAACAUUUGCUUUCAGUUUGAGCUCUGCAUAUCAAAUAAAACCAUGAUGUCAUGCUGCAGAGGAUGAUGAAAAGGAAAAAAACUGCCAAUUAGUAUUAUAAUCUGGGGAAACCAUACGGGUUAUUCCCAUGCUGCCUUUGAAAAAAUGCUUUUUGUGUGUGUGUGUGUGUGUGUGAGUUUAUAUUUUUUGUGUGACAAAGCUGUGAUAGUCCAGUUGUAUAGUGAAUUAUAAAUUGCACCCCUGUUUUCUUUCUCAUUCAAAGUAGCCUCUCAGAUGUCACUGUACCCAGCUAAAAAUGUUCAUUCUGCCUGCCUGUUAGGCUUGCUUCCUAAAGAAACCAAACAAGUAAGAGGAUAGACCAUGCACAUACUGAAAGUUUGAUAACCAACACUGUUGUGUUGUCCUCACUUGCCUGUGUGGCAACUUUGCCAGGCAUUUUAAAAAUUGUUAUUUCGAUGGUGAAGUAUUUAGUCUUUGAACAUGGACUGUCAGUGAGUAUGAAUCUGUCAGAAGCUGAUUUGUGGGCCAUUAAUGUGCUUUACGCACACUGCAAAAGGUUGAAACUUGUCAAAAAUAUUCCAUUCUUUUUCUUUCUAAACUCUAUCUGAAUACACAGAGUGAUAUAUCAGCAGCUGAUAUAUAUCAGUACAUUUGAUUGGAGUUAUCAGUACACAUUUGACUGUGGAUGGUCUGGCGUGAAUACAUUUUUUGGCAUAUAAAGUAGCAUGUAGUCAAAGCAGCAUUUCUGUUUUAUUGAUAGAGAGAUUGUGUGCCACUGAAAACAGGAGAUUGUAUUGUCGUUAAAGAAUGCUAAAUGUGAGUCAAAACAUUGAGAAGGGUAUGGUGGUUCAGAAACUUCUAUUGCAUAAUCUAGGAUUUAACAAUGAUUUCUGUAUUUUUUGCUUUUCAACAAAAUCCGCAUUGUCACAAAGUUGUAGUUCAUUAUUAGUGAAGGUGAGAUACUGUGCUGUCAUGUCUGAUACUAACAUGUUGACCGCAAGCUAAAGCUCUAUGAUCAUGAUUCAUGAUGUGAAGCUGGCUUUGUCCUUGAAGUGUUACCAAAAUGUUAUCUAAAAGAUAAAAACUAUUUUUGUAUUUUGAAAUGGGGUUGUACAAAUUGUAAAAUUUUGUUCUCAUCAUUAUAAAUCAGAGGUUGUUUGAAACUAGAAAACGCUGGUUUUCAUUCCUGUUUACAUGUGACUCCCCUGCCUUGGUGUACCUCUCUGGAUCCUGACAGACCAGGGUCAUAAGAUUUUUGUUUAUGUAUUUUAAAGUUGUUUCUGAAGUUUUUACGUUAGUUCUGAACAACAACUUUGUAGAUAUAUAUAUAGAGAGAGAAAAUUAACCUAAACCAUCCUGCACGGCUGCAGGUCAGAUUUAGCAAACUUAAAAAUAUGUGCAACAAAAAUCUGGGGAGUCCUAAAGUAACAUUAAUGACAACCAUUGAUUUAAGGACAUUUUUGGCAGAGAAAGCUUGAAAAAUAAACUAUGUUGCUGGUGACUUAGCCUCUGUAAAUUGUAACUAAUUCAACUGUUGAUUUUAUUUAUGUUUUGUAACUAAUCUAAAUAAAUGACGUAAAACAUCAAA